AUGUCCUCUACUACACUGCAGGAGAUUUCACCGGCCGAACCCGAAGGCUGGACGACCCUCCAGCUCACGAGUGCCCAUGGCCCGGUAUUCCGUCCGGUCAAGACCGCGCCUCCUCGCGAUGCAACUCGAGAAGAGAUUCCUGUCAUCGACGUUGGCGGAAUCUUCAGCGACAAGCUUGAGGACCGAAAAGCUGUUGCGGCUCAGAUUCGCGAGGCCGCCACCACCAUUGGGUUUUUCUACAUGAAGAACCAUGGCAUCCCCGAAGACACGAUCGCUUCGGCACUGAAGUCUUCGAAACGCUUUUUCCAUCAGCCACAGCAGGUCAAGGAACGGGUCAGCGUCUCGGGGUCCAAGUGGCACAAUGGAUGGAACGGUCCCAAGUCACACCGUGCCAACCAUGUCGAAAGCAUCGAUUACCGGGAGAGUUUCGGUAUGCGAUACGAUCCCCAGUACGAUCCAUCCGUCGAAGAUGUCGAAGCAAUUCCUCAAAAUAUCAAGGAUGGCUUCCGCGCAGAAGAGUACUGCUGGGCUGAGACCACCAACGUGCCCGGUUUCAAGGAUGACGUGCUCCGAUACUGGCGUGCAUGCCUUGCCACAGCCCGAAAGCUUGUGAGAGCUUUUGCCCUUGCCCUUGACUUGCCCGAGGACCACUUUGACAACAUGACCUCACACCCAGAUGCUGCGGUCGCACUCAACUAUUACCCUCCAAUCCCAGCGACGGCCUUGAAGGAGAAGGAAGAGGCAGUGAGCAUUGGAUCGCAUACCGAUCUUCAGUUCUUCACCAUGCUCUGGCAGGACCAGAAUGGUGGACUCCAGGUCCUCAACCGCGAUGGUCAAUGGCUCAACGCGACUCCCAUCGAGGGCACGUUCGUGGUUAACAUCGGUGACUAUCUGAUGCGCAUUACCAACGACCGUUUUGUAUCAACUGUCCAUCGUGCAAAGAACUUCAACACCAAUGAGCGCUUUUCGAUGCCAUUCUUCUUCGGCUUCAAUUUCAACGAAACCUGUGGAGUACUUCCAAGUUGCAUCGAUGAAGAUCAUCCUGCAAAGUAUGAGCCGGUCUCGUGUCAGGAAUGGGUUCACUUGCGGUUUAAGGCAACCAAUAUAUAA